AUGUUGUCUCUCUUCUCGCAGAUGUCGUCAUUCCACUCGUUGCGUUAUAUCAACCUCGGGUCCCUGGUCCUAGCCUUCGGCUACACCAUCCUCGUAUCGGGCGCGUGCAUUCGGGUAGGUAUGAUGAGCAAUGCUCCGGUGAAAGAUUACUUACUGACCCCCUCAAAGUCUGGGAAGAUGUAUGUCGCCUUCCUCUCCAUCUCCAUCCUAGCCACCGUGUUCGGCAACGGCAUCCUGCCCGAGAUCCAGGCCACACUGGCGCCACCGGUGGCGGGGAAGAUGGUCAAGGGGCUUGUGUUGUGCUACACCAUGGUCUUCUUCACCUUCUACCUGGCAGCCAUCUCCGACUACUGGGCCUUCAGCAACAAGGUGUAG